GUUGUGGUUUGAGUGUGUUGCGCGACUAGAACUGAUCGGGGCAUGCGCCGCGCGCAGCCACGCGGCCGACUGGCAUCUACAGAGUUUAUUCCCGAGGGAGGAACACAACAGCUGCGAGUUCCAGUUGCGACAGCAACAUGGAGGCAUCUCCUAACAGGGAACAGGAACGGUCCCGAAGCCAUUACGCAGGAUUUAGCCGGGGACCUGGAGGUGCUGUUCGUAGAAGAGGCACCCCCAUCCCUGUGUUACCACCCAGGGCACCUACACCCGUGCCGUCUUCCGACACAAGGGGCUGUUCUUCUACGUACCUGGAGCCCGAACCGCCGCCUCCCCCUCCGCCUUUUACCCAGCAACGGGAUAUCGCACACCUAGCGACCCGGUACCUGGAGGACAAUGUAAGGACGUGGAUUAACCCAAGAAUAUACGCAAAGCUCGACCUUGAAGCGAUAACAUCAGCGGACUACGUCUACAAGCCACGGACCUCACACAGCCAAUAUCAUCACCACCACAAACUGCUUCCCAGUAAUCAUCACAACAAAAAUCAACACCCAAAGAGUCACCGAUCUUCGCAUGAACAUCCAACACACACAUCCCAUGCAUCACUGCCUGCUGCGUUAAUGAACAGUGCAGCCAAUAACACCGCAGUAAGUUACCUUUGCAAACGCGAAACAGAAGAAGCAGACGCGGUAGGGAAAUAUGAGGAGUUGCAUCGAUCUCCCACCACUACUACUACAGCGCUACUGUCGUCGUCUCAUAGUAAAGGGCAUCAGCAUGCCUGUCUCUCUCGCGAGGCUCAAGCAAGUGGAUAUGGCCGAGCUAGUGGUUCGCGGUCAGGCGUACGGAGUGGUUGUGACGACAUAAACACAAACACGAGCGCCACAGAUGGUAGCAGCGUACUGAUAAGACAUCAUCAGAAUCGUCACGGUGCAGUGACAAGCACUGCAAGUAACAUUGAUACGACGGAGAUGAACGGAAGUGACGAGUUACCGAUUGACAAACAUGGUUAUAAUAAACACUUGAAGAAUCACGUGGCAUCAAAUGGGGCAGUAAUGGAUUCGUCGAGGAUUUCACAUCAGACGGCAGUGAUAUAUAACGGAAAACAAUAUUCAACAGUGCUGACAACUGCGUAUAAGCCGCAACAAAAGUUAACAGCUAAAAGUUUAGUUGGUAAUGCGACGAUUACUGCUAAUGGCGGGACACCAUCUGCGUUACCGCCAACUAAGAUAUCGAAAGGUUCAACAAAUUCGGUUACGUUAAAGUCGUUUCAGUUUCAGAAGCCCCAUUUACCGAAUGGGAUAGUGAAUUCGAGUUCAGAACAAAGUGGUUAUGUGAGACACCAGCCGGCGCCGUCUGCACGAUCACAUUACAGCGGACAUUCUGUUGUUGACUUUCUGUACGGUGGUGGUCUUGAUAGCCAUUCUACUGGAACUUCUUCACCGACCUUACUUCUUGGUCCCAGUGUUACGUCUGCAACUCCGGAGAGUAAUUACUACUCUGAAUCAAAGUACGCCUAUUCUGUCAGCGGAGUUCCGGGUACUCUGGCUCAGUCGUCUGCUGCAGCGGCGUUCUUUGCAAG